AUGCCGAAUAAUGCUGAGGCGGCGUUGUGCGCAGAUUACAGCGUGCCAGUUGACUGCGUUGCUGCUGGACCCGCGCCCAGACCGAGCUCCUUCCACGAGAUAUCCGCCCCCAAGGUACAAGGUCUCCAUACCCAUGAUGAAGACAUCCACCCGGCAGAUGGAAUCGCCUUAAAUUUUUUAGGAGUUGGAGAUGACGGUCUUUUCAAAGGCAUGGACUGUUUUUCGUUGUCGGGUCAUGAUGGUGAAGUCAUGUCGUUCAUAGUUAUGAAUCCAGAAUUAUUGGUCUUCUUAUAA